CUAUCACCUAAUCACCAGUUAAGCCCUUCCCUUUACUUUUUUUGAUGAGCAACCAACACUUUUCCUUGAACAAUCUCUCUAUAUAUACUGGAUUCCAAGCUUUUAUGAACAUAUAGUCCAAGUGUCUUGACAGAAAAAAACAAUUUUAGGUUCAAGCAUUGGAGCUUGUAGCCUUGUCUGAAAGAAGAAACAGAUAAAAUGGGCGUUUCUUUUCUUCCAUCUCCAGCUUUUUUGGGACUUCUUCUCUUCUCAUUCGUCACUUUGUCUCUCCAUCCUAAGCCUGCAGUUGCCACUACUAGGCACUACAAACUUGAUGUCAUGUUGCAGAAUGUGACACGCCUUUGCCACACCAAGAGCAUGGUGACAGUCAAUGGGAAGUUCCCAGGGCCUCGCAUUGUUGCUAGGGAGGGUGACAGACUUCUUAUUAAAGUGGUUAACCAUGUCCAAAACAAUAUCUCUAUUCACUGGCAUGGAAUUCGACAGCUUCGAAGUGGAUGGGCUGAUGGACCAGCAUAUGUAACUCAGUGCCCUAUACAAACUGGACAAAGCUAUGUUUAUAACUACACCAUUGUAGGACAAAGAGGCACUCUUUGGUGGCAUGCCCAUAUAUCAUGGCUAAGAUCAACUCUCUAUGGUCCCCUGAUCAUUCUUCCAAAACUCGGCACUCCUUAUCCAUUUGUCAAACCUUACAAGGAAGUUCCCAUCAUCUUUGGAGAGUGGUUCAAUGCAGAUCCAGAGGCAAUCAUUAACCAGGCAUUGAAAACAGGUGGAGGGCCAAAUGUCUCUGAUGCCUACACUAUUAAUGGACUCCCAGGGCCAUUAUAUAACUGCUCUGCCAAAGAUACUUUCAAGCUAAAGGUAAAGCCAGGAAAGAUUUACCUUCUUCGCCUGAUCAAUGCUGCACUCAAUGACGAGCUUUUCUUCAGCAUAGCAAACCAUACAUUCACGGUUGUGGAAGCUGAUGCUGUGUAUGUGAAACCAUUUGAUACCAAGACGCUUCUCAUUGCCCCUGGACAAACCACAAAUGUCCUUCUCAAGACCAAACCCCACCACCCAAAUGCCAAAUUUUUCAUGAAUGCUAGACCUUACGUGACUGGUCAAGGAACUUUUGAUAAUUCAACUGUUGCUGGCAUUUUAGAAUAUGAAGAAUCGCAUAAAACCAUUCAAUCAAGCCACUCUACUAAAAGACUUCCGCUUUUUAAACCAAAUCUACCACCUCUAAAUGAUACUUCAUUUGCUACAAACUUCACUAGCAAACUCCGCAGCUUAGCCAAUGCACAAUUCCCUGCCAAUGUGCCUCAAAAGGUUGACAGACAAUUUUUCUUCACAGUAGGCCUUGGAACACAUUCAUGCCCCCAAAACCAAACCUGCCAGGGACCAAAUGGAACAAUGUUUGCAGCUUCAGUUAAUAACGUGUCAUUUGCAAUGCCAACCACAGCUCUUCUCCAAGCCCACCAUUUUGGUCAAUCAAAGGGUGUCUAUACUCCUGAUUUUCCAAUCAACCCACUUACUCCUUUCAAUUAUACUGGAAAUCCGCCGAACAAUACCAUAGUGAGCAAUGGAACAAAGCUAGUAGUGCUCCCUUUCAAUACCACUGUGGAGCUCAUUAUGCAGGACACUAGCAUACUUGGUGCAGAGAGCCACCCUCUUCACUUGCAUGGCUUCAAUUUCUUUGUUGUUGGUCAAGGUUUUGGGAACUUCGAUCCAAAUAAGGACCCCGCAAAUUUCAAUCUUAUCGACCCCAUUGAAAGGAAUACUGUUGGUGUGCCCUCUGGAGGGUGGGCUGCUAUACGAUUUCUAGCAGACAAUCCAGGUGUAUGGUUCAUGCAUUGCCAUCUAGAAGUGCACACAAGCUGGGGUUUGAAGAUGGCUUGGGUUGUCUUGGAUGGAAAGCUUCCCAAUCAAAAGCUGCUUCCUCCACCUGCUGAUCUUCCCAGGUGUUGACGUGCAAGCUUCUUCUUAACGACACAGAGAGCAGAAACUGCCCAGAUGCUCUUCUUUUUUUCUUUGGAUUCUUUCCUACUGUUUUUUAUGCAACCUAGCUUUGUUCCUCGGCUCAUUUUCAGCUUUUGUCCUAUGAGCAUUUAUCUUCAGAGAUCAUUGAUUACCCAUGUUGGAAUUGAGGAAAAGAAACAAAUGUACAAUUUUUUUCCCCAACCAAUUUGCAAGAAAACAUUUUGCUAUUA